AUGGGUCGGCUGUACACGAUAUCGGUGGCCAUAUUGGCGGCUACGGGGUCAUUCCUCUUUGGUUAUGACUCUGGCGUCAUGACAGAUGUGAUCGAUUCACCCAAUUUUCUACAGUACUUCAAUACCACGCAAACCUCUUCCAUUGUUGGGGCAAUCAACAGUACCUUUUCAGGUGGAGCGGUACUUGGCUCUCUACAAGGUGGACUAACCAUGGACCAUUUCGGCCGCAAGUUCACCAUCCAGCUAGGAGCCUUCCUAUGUUUAAUCGGUGCAUCACUACAAGCAGCCGCACAAAAUCUCUCCAUGAUCCUCAUCGGGCGAAUACUAGCUGGCUGGGCUGUCGGUCUCAUGUCCAUGGCCGUCCCCGUCUACCAAGCUGAGUGUGCACACCCACGCUCUCGGGGCAUGAUCGUAGGACUAGCACAGCAGAUGAUUGGAAUUGGAUUCAUUGUGAGCACAUGGGUCGGCUAUGGAUCACUUCACGCACCUCACACAAGUCAAUUUCAGUGGCGAUUCCCGCUUGCCUUUCAGGUUGUACCAGCACUCAUUUUGGUAAUCGGCAUGUUCUUCUUACCAGAGUCACCGCGGUAUCUGAUCGAAACGGAGCGAUAUACCGAGGCGCGGCGCAUUCUGCACAGAUUGCACUCCGAUGGCUCGAAUGAUGCCUGGAUCGAGGCUGAGUAUAGCGGGAUCUAUACCGCCAUCGAGGCUGAGAAACAUCUUCUCGCGCCUGGAUGGCUGGCUAUGUUCACAGUUCCGCAAUGGCGGACUCGACUUUUACAUGGUGUUGCUGUCCAGGUAUUCACGCAGAUGACUGGUAUCAAUGUGAUUGGGUACUAUCAAACGAUCAUGUAUAAGUCCCUUGGUAUAACAGGAAGUCGCAGCACGCUCAUUGCAGGUAUCUACAACUGUAUCGGCCCGCUCGCCAAUUUCGUCUUCGUGGUCUUCAUUCUCGAUCGUAUUGGCCGUCGAAAGCCCAUGCUCUUUGCUACCGUGGCCAUUUCGAUUGCUCUGAUCUGUGAGGCGGUGCUUAACUCGCAGAAUCCGGAUGGUCAGAGAGUUGGAUAUAGCAUUGCUGGUGUAUUCUUCAUCUUUUUGGUAUCGGUGAUAUAUUCAAUGUCUUUUGGGCCUUGUAGCUGGGUUUAUAUGUCUGAAGUCAUGCCUAUGCAGAUCCGGGGUAAAGGCAACGCUUUUGCAGUCGGAAUUGGGAACUGGGCUGUCAGUACGCUUUGGAAUCAGAUCUCACCUGUUGCUUUGGGAAACCUGAAAUGGAGAUUCUAUUUCAUUUUUGUAGCGUGGAAUCUCUGUAUAUCUCUCCCUGUGAUUUAUUUCUUCUUCCGGGAAACCAAGCAGAAAUCACUGGAGGAUAUUGAUUUGCUAUUUGGUGGACGGUCGAGUGCGCCGCAUGAGGACGCUGUCGAGCUUGACCCGAAACUGGAUAUCCAACGGUUUGACAAGGCAGAAAUGGGCGCAUCUGCAACCAAUAUAGAGAAUGCAGGCAUGAUCAGUUAA